CCCCUUUAUAAUCCAACGGUUUACAUAAAACCUUCAGGUCUAUUUAACUCACUCUGCAAUUGUUGUCCAUCACAAAACCCUACUUGAAUUGGGGGCUUAGGGUUUAAGACCGACAGAGAAAGGAAAGAAGAAGAGAACGAACAAAGGUCGUUAACAACAUGGCUUUCCUCAGUAAGGUUGGAAAAAUAUUUAGUCAGAGUUCUGCAUCAGGGAUCCGUUCACAUUUCCAGCCUUCCAAUCUGUCUGUCUUUCAAACUCUUAGAUUCAUGUCGAGUUCGAAAGUUUUUGUUGGAGGCCUUUCAUACGGUACUGAUGACCAAAGGCUGACAGAAGCGUUCACCAAGUAUGGGGAAGUAGUUGAAGCGAGAGUGAUAAUGGAUCGUGACACUGGUAGAUCCAGAGGUUUUGGGUUUGUCACUUUCGGUGCCAGUGAAGACGCUUCUAGUGCUAUUCAAGCUUUGGAUGGACAGGAUCUCGAUGGUCGCCGCAUUAGAUGCAGCUAUGCAACUGACAGGGCUAGUGGAGGAGGAGGCGGCGGUGGUGGUUAUGGUGGCGGCGGCGGCUAUGGCGGAGGCGGCUAUGGUGGCGGCCGCGGAGGUUAUGGUGGUGGCGGUUAUGGCGGCGGUGGCUAUGGCGGUGGUGGUGGCGGCGAUGACUUUGCUGACAGGACUUGAAGGAACUUAUCUAAUGUUUCAACAAAUGGCUUUUAUAAGUGUAAUGUCUAUGCUUCCUUGUACCGCCGGUUUAUAUCUUUAGACAUAAACUUUUCAAUUUUGAAGAUAAUUCGUUCCGAUUCAGAAUUGUUAGAGUGCCCUUUGCGUAGGAUUUGAGAAUUGAAUGAACUACCCCUUCCUUUAUUCUUGAAGAAAUCAUAAACGUUUCUCUUGCGUAAAUGAUUUCUACUCCAA